AUGGAUAGUCACGGAGCAGCUCGCACCUCUCGAACCGCCCGAACCGAAGAGCAUCGUAAACGAGACCUAGAUAAGAUCAAGAAAUAUCGCGAGCUUGAGGAGUCCAUCCGUGGCCAAGUCUCAACGAAUAACUACGACACAACCCUCUUCCAACUUACUUCCAAGUUGCUUCGCCUGAAUCCUGAAUACUACACAAUAUGGAACGUCCGUCGUCGCUGUCUAAUCUCUGGAUUAUUCUCCGCACCGUCGGAUGGGUCCUCGCUCUCGAGGGCGUUACCGAGUAUUUCUCAGAGCGACACUACCAAUCCCUCCUCAGAUCACUCAUCACCUUCAUCCUCGGAUGCGACCCCGCGAGACCGAGACCCCCCGACAACUGGGCAGAGUGGUACUUCACUUGAUGGUAAAGGAGAAAAGGACGUCGAGGCCGACGCCGGUGUCCUUCAGUCAGAAAUGGCAUUUAUCAUUCCUCUCCUUCUCGAAUUCCCCAAAUGUUAUUGGGUUUGGAAAUAUCGUAGGUGGCUACUCGAACAAGCCAACAUCCGACUACCUGCGACAAAUGCUCGCAAAUUUUGGGAAGCCGAGCUCGCCCUGACGUCCAAGAUGUUGGCAAAAGAUCAACGUAAUUUCCACGCAUGGGGCUACAGGAGAUAUGUGGUGGCUUCGUUAGAGUCUCCGUCAUUGGGUGGGCGGAGCAUGGUUGAGGAUGAAUUCGCCUACACGACUAGAAAGAUCAGUACUGACCUAUCCAAUUUCUCGGCCUGGCAUAAUCGAAGUCAAUUAUUAUUACGUCUACUGGAAGAGCGCGGUGCCGAUCAUAUAGCGAGAAAAGAAUUCCUGCAGGAAGAGCUUAGCAACAUCCUAGAAGCGCUUAACGUCGGCCCUGAGGACCAAAGUCUUUGGUAUUACCAUCAAUACCUAAUAUCGCAGAUCGUCAACUAUUCUAGCCAACCUACUAUAGCGCCAGCCUUAGCAAUCGAUGAGAGGUUAACGUUUAUAGCGAAGGAAAUAGAUAACAUCAAAGAUCUUCUAGAAGACUAUGGGGACACCAAACGGAUUUACGAGGCUCUUCUCGAGUAUACUAUUGCGCUUAAGGGUCUCGGAAAUGGGAGCACUCAGAUCGAAGAUCCCACCGAGUGGUUGACGAAAGUCCGGACACUAGAUCCAAUGCGCGCAGGCAGAUGGGACGACGUAGAGAAGCAGUUGAGUACGAAUCAGCAUUGA